AUGAAGGUGAAGUAUGGGCGUUUUGGAUUCGUCUGGGACUCUGCAGUGCUGGAGUACGUGGCCAAUAAUGAUGAGGACUGUUCGUUCUACACCGUCAGUAACAGCGCUCCAGACCGCGGCUACGGCAUCGCCAUGCAGCACGGCAGCCCCUACCGUGACAUCUUCUCUCAGAGUCGACCCAUUGACACCGGAGCAGUGUGUCCCAUCUUCGGGAAAGUUGUAAAGCGCCCUUGA